UCACUAUACAGGAGUGCACACUCAUGUUACUGCAUGCAUGAUCGCCUGAAGAGAGAAUGGCUAGGUUUCUGAACCGUAAUAUGAGGACUUUUUUGGCCACACAGUUCAGGAUGUCGUCCGACCAGCUAGGAGAACUGGGUAAAGGUGCUGGGAAAGGAGGCGGCGGUGGAGGUGCGGUGAGGGAGGCAGGAGGUGCGUUUGGCAAGAAACAGGCAGCUGAGGAGGAGAUGUACUUCAAGAGAAAAGAGCAAGAACAAUUGGCUGCUCUAAGAAGACACCACCAGGAAGAAAUCGACCACCACAAAAAGGAAAUUGAGAGAUUACAACAGGAAAUCAGUCGCCAUGAGGGCAAAGUCAGAAAACUUAAACAUGAUGACUGAGACUGGUGAAUCUAGACAUUACAUUUCAUAAACAAAUGUCCCACACGUUUCAAAUGUGAUUGAAUAAUUGUAGAUGCUUUAUUUUUAUUAAGCAUUUGUGAUCUCUGCUGUCACUUAUGAAAGCAUGUUAUAAUACAGAUAUGACUGGAACACUGAAAAUAUUAUGUGUAUUAAAUCAGUACACUUUCUCCUCUUGACAAUAAACUUGAAAUGGUGUCUCAAAUAUGAAAUUGUGUUUUGGUAUGAAUAAUAUGUUUGCUGAACAAAGCCAUCAAUUCAUUUGAGCACCCAAUAUUAAUUUA